AUGCCUGCUGAGUAUUGUGCUCCCGCAAAUGACCCUGACCUGCCCGAGACGGCCACGUCCGUCGUCGCCAGAGAACUGGCGGGUCAACGCAAGCAACGCCGUGUGCACAGUAAUGAUCGUUACCGUGCCGUCGAUGACCGCCCCGAUCUUUACGAGGCCAUUCUCCUCGCCCCGGGUGAGAAGAAGAUCGACGUUGAAGUUGACACCCGUAUGCCCAAUGCCGCGAUCUUCACCUUCCACAAGGAAGAUCACACCCUGGCCAACCUGCUCCGCACCCGUCUGCUGAAGCACCCCAACGUGACCUUCUCUGCCUACCGGGUCCCCCACCCUCUGACUCCCAGCUUCGAGCUGCGUGUCCAGACUGACGGCGAGAUCACCCCUCGUGCUGCUGUUAUCGCCAGCUGCAACAGUCUCAUCAAGGAGCUGGGCAUCAUCUCCCGUGAAUUCACUAAGGAGUACGAGCUUCGCAAGAUGGCGAAUGCUGCCGCUAAGCAGCAGACUGAGUAA